CACUGGUUCUAAUGUAGCCCAGCUUCAGUGUUUACUACAGAAUUAGUGCAUAGCGGACGACAGUCUUUCCCCUGAUCUCUGAACUCCGAAUCUGUAUAAAUAUAUAUCUUAGUUUAAAAAAAGAUAACCUUUCAGUUUUUGCAUAAAAGAAGAAAAAUUAUCCAAAAAAAAAAAAAGCUCAACAUGCCCAAGAGAAAGGGAACUGAUGGAGAGGUGAAGGAGGAGCCCCAGAGAAGGUCUGCCAGGUUAUCGGCAAAACCGACUCCUCCUAAACCUGAACCCAAACCCAAGAAAACACCUAAGAAAGAGAAAGAAGUGAACGAUAAAAAGGAGGACAAAAAGACGAAGGCGAAGAACGAGGAGACCAAGGAUGAGAACCAGUCAGAAAACGGAGAGACCAAGACUAAUGAGGUUGAGAAGACUCCAGAGGCAGAGCCGGAGCCAGACAAGGAGGAGGCUAAGGCCGAGUAGCAUCCCACCCGUCCAUAUCCAUUUUUCUUCUUUCUUUCCCCAUCAGUCCGACCUGUUCUUCCCUCCAUCCAUCCAUCCCUCCUCCUUCUCCCUCCCUCUUUUUCCAGCAGGUUCCGAGCCCCAGACGGACCCCUCUCUUCACAAACCAUCACCAGAGGAAUAUUUUUAUCAACGAUUUUGUAAAUACUGGUUCAGGUUUUUAGCACAAAAAUGCGAACGCGACCGAAGGGGGUUUUCAGACGGGGUUCUUCUAAGUUGUCCCCAACUCAAGCGGUGCGCAAAGGCGGCGCUUUAGUUUUGUCUUUGUUUUUUCUUUUAAUUUGUGUUUUUAUUUUGUUUUAACGGAUGGUCCUGUAUCUCGAGGUGUUGAUCCUGCGUUGCUGGUUGUGUGUGUGUGUGUGUGUGUGUGUGUGUGUGUGUGUGUGUGUGUGUGUGUGUGUUAGCGAUUAUGUUCUUAUCUUGGAGUUUUUGCCCAGUUUGCUGUUCAUUUGGAAAGUUUUCUUUUAGGAAAAAAAAUGAUUGGUAUAAGAAGUCUAGAUGUUCGCUCCCCACGCUUUGGGAUAAAUCAUGAAUCUUGGCACCAAACUGAUGCGAUGAAACAAACUAAAUCUGGUAAACUGGGAUUGUUUUGGGUUUGGGUGGGAAUUAAGAUUUGUUUCUUUUUUUGUGGAAAUUAUGGGGUUUUAAAGUGAAAUCAGAUGUUUUGUGAAGUUUUUUUAAACACUGAGAAUUCAUUUGUUU